GCGGGCGGAAGCGGCAGGAGGACGCAGCAGCGGCGACCCCGGCCCGGCGGCCCCGUCACCCGCACAGGCCGGAGAGCUGCCCUGGAUUCAUUCCUGAUGGAACUAGAGCAAAACAUCCCAUCUUGAUUGAAAAAUGACCAGUGAUGGAGAAUCCACCAUGGCCCUGGGUGGAAGUGGCACCAUGCAGCAGGAGGGGGAGAAGAGCCGGGCCCGGCCCAGGAAGCCCGACAUGGCCCUCUACGUGCCCAAAGCACGACGGGAGAUGGCAGCCCAAGGAGUGGGCGCGGCCAGCGCUGCGUGGGCGAUGGGGAGCCGGAGGGAGGAGGAAAACCGCCGCGUGCUGCAGAAGGAGGGUGCCAAAGGCCGCUGCGAGAGGCAGAGCCCCAGCGCUGGAGCCCGCGAGCACGUGGCCAGAGAGGGGAGGAGGUCAGAGGGGAAAACAAGGAAGCGCAACAGCAAACGGGGCAGCGCUCCAGGGCAGCCCGAAGGAGCCUCUGCCCAGGGCUGGGAUCAGCGCGUCACACUCCACCCAGGGCUGUUGGGUAGGGCGGGGGGGUCCCAUCCUGGGCACCGGGGGGGUAGCUCACAGCCCUGUGUGUCCCCCCAGCUGUCGGGCGGUGAGAAGCCCAGAAGCAGCCUGCAGGAGCCCCGCUUUGAUUACUGCGGCUGGCAGCCCGCUGAGCUGGACCUCAGCAACUCGGAGCUGCCCCAUGUCAUCGAGAUCUACGACUUCCCGCAGGACUUCGGCACCGCCGACCUGCUGCGCGUCUUCUGCAGCUACCAGAAGAAAGGCUUUGACAUCAAAUGGGUGGACGACACGCACGCACUGGGCAUCUUCUCCAGCCCCAUCGCAGCACGCGACGCCCUGAGCAGCAGGCACGUGAUGGUGAAGACUCGGCCCCUGGCGCAGGGCACGAGAGCGGCCAAGGCCAAAGCCAGGGCUUGUGCUGACCUCCUGCAGCCGGCGAAAGAGCGUCCGGAGACGUCUGCGGCCCUGGCCCGGAGGCUGGUGAUCGGAGCCCUCGGAGUGCGGAGCAACCAGAGCCGAGCCGAGCGCGAGGCCGAGCGCAAGAAGCUGCAGCAGGCCCGAGAGAGAAAGCGCCUGGAGAACAAGCAGCGGGAGGACGUCUGGGAAGGCCGGGACUGAGCCAGGGCGGCAGCGGAGGAGACCGGAGCACCCAGGGCUGCUGGCAGGCGCUUGGUGGGGGGCACUGUGGUGCCGUGGGCUUCAGACGCCAGCGCAGCCCAGUGCCAGCUGCACCCACACAGGCUGGCCGGGCUGUGUCAAUGGGGGGAAGGGGAGAGGCCCGUCUGGAGCCUGGCGGGGGGAGAGGGGUCCGGCUGACAAAACGCAGCAGCUGUUUGUAUUAGGACUCUUAGUGGGGGUGGGCUUGCAGGCCCUGCCGCCGGUGUGUGCGCCCCUGGGGGGCCUGGCAGGCCCUGCUGCCGGUGUGUGCGCCCCUGGGGGGGCCUGGCAGGCCCUGUCGCUGGUGUGUGCGCCCCUGGGGGACCUGGCAGGCCCUGCCGCCGGUGUGUGCCCCUGGGGGGGGGACAUUGGCCUCCCUCACACCCGUCUCUUGCCCUUUGAGACGCUGGAGCACAGGGAGUCAGUGCUCUGGUGCGCUGGGCUGGGGCAGCGGUAGCCCAGCUGAGUCUGGUGGCUGUGCCCUGUGCCUGGCACUGCCCGGGCUGCGCUUGUGCUGGGUUACGCUGCCCUGACGCACUGGCUGCAGCUGGUCAGUCGCUGCUGGGAACGCGGCCUCCAGGCUGCCCAGCUCGCUUUCAAGGCUCCCUGCAGCAGCCCAGGCCAUGUGAAGAGCCCUGGGCAGCGGGAGGGGAUUUCGCAGGCUUCUGCGUGAGCCAUGGUUUGGUGAGCCGAGCCAUGCCAUGCUGAGCGGUGCUGUGCCGUGCUGUGCCGAGCUGAGCCAAUGCAGCCUGGGGGUGUGCCAAGCGCGGGUGAGUGAGAAGCCGUGUGAGAUGGAGAUUCCCUGUCCUUUAUUUUGCUAUUAAAUUGCCUGGUUUUUACACUG